GAGUCCCUGUCCAUAAUUCUACUCCCCAACCAGUGACCACAAUGACUUGGCGGGCGCAGAAUCGAACCCUGCAAAUCUUGGCCGCGGCCGAGAAGGGUCGCUAUGGUGUCCUGGCGGCCAUUGUAUACAAUAUUGAACACAUCACGGCCUUUGUCCGGGCGGCCGAAAACCGCAGAUGCCCGUUAAUCCUCCAGUUGUUCCCCUCGUCGCGGAUACUCCUUAUUUGAUUCCAUCAUGGUGGACAUGAGUCAUUACGAGAGGGAGGAAAACCUCGCCAAGACGAGCACCUUGCGAGCAUGGUGUCACGGGCGGGGCAUCGCCGUUGAGGCGGAAACCGGGCGCAUCGCGGGAGGAGAGGAUGGAAUGGUUGGGACAGGAGGUCUUGCGGGCAUUCUCACCCAGGCCGAAGACGUAGAACAGUUUCUCGACGCUGGCGUUGAUUUUCUGGCCCCCCAGCGUGGGGAUUCUGCACGGCAAUUCUGGGCCGAGAGGAGCCGAACUAGACAUGAAUCGGUCGGUCGCUGAAACAUGCCAGGUGUUUUGAUGGAGGCGUCAUGGUGACUUGUGAUAGGCUGCGUCAGGUCCAUCGAGCAUUGCAUGGACGGGCGCGACUCGUCCUCCACGGCACCAACGACUUUUCGCCCGGAGUUGCGCCAGGCAUCCGUCGAGGCGGGAGUCACCAAGGUCAACGUCAACAAGCUGGUUUUGAAGCCGUGGCUGGAGCAUCUUCGCGAGACUGCGAGCAGCAGACCGCUGACACAGCUGAUGGGCGAGGGGAUUGAGUUGCUGACGGGCGAGAUGGAGAAGUGGAUGGUUGUGGGUGGGCAGCAGCGGGAAGGCGGCGCACUCAGACACACAAUACAAACAAACAUCAUACGCCGUGGCCUGAGGCCAUCGGACUUACUAAGUAUGUACGGAGUCCCUUUCGUCUUCC